GAGAAAAGUUGAAAAGUAGCAAACUCAAUGUUACAAAGUUUCCAGGAAAUGAAAGUUUUUACUAUUUGGUAUUUUUAAAAUCAAUGUUCUUAUCCUGUGUAAUAUUUCUAAGUAUUUUAACUGUUGCUGAGGCACAAUAUAACGAUGUCAGGUGCAAAUGUGUUUGCCCAAAGGAUGUUCUUGAACAUAACAUUGUUGUCAAAUUUGUUGUAGUUGAGAAUUGCACAUGUAAAAAUUUAAUCAAUUUGAAAGACAGUAGUUGUCUUCGAUGCAAGUGUGAAUAUGAGGCACGAAAUACAAUGCUUAUUAAGGUUGUAGUGAUUUUUAUAGUUCUUGUAUUGGUAAUUCUCAUCGUGUACAUGAUUGGUUUAUAUAUAUUCUCACUUUGGAAACCACAAGACCCAAACCUAAGCAUACAAUCAGACCCACUUCAGGAAAGCCUUAUCAAAACAUCCCGUCUAACACGACUGGAUUCCAAAGUAUCACAAUGGAAAGACAGUGUUGAAAAUCAGAGAAGAAAUGUUUAUAAUAAUCAUUCAAUACUCAGCUAGAUGAUUCAAACUAUUUUAAGUUUGUGUAGUAACUAUUAACUCAUAUAAAAUAAGAACAGAGCUGAGAGGCUGUCCAGAAAUUAAGUAUUAGUAGAAUUACCUGUCUAUAUAGGUGAGGCAAAUUAGCUUGGUUUCAGUGACUGAUCUUCCUCUGUACCCAGUGGUGAUGUCCUAGAAAAGUUUGCAUGAAACAAUCAACAUGGCUAAUAGCAUGCAUCUUUGACUAGCUCAAUAUAUAAACAACAUGCUGGGUAACUUGCUACUUACCCCCUCCAGAUAGGCAAAGCCAAUUGAAUAAAAAAACUUCAGAUAUUUUUGUGCACCAAAUAAGUCCUGUCACUGCUGUAAACAAUGUGUCAAUUAACCAAAAUGGUUCUUGGUAUGAAUUGGUAGAAUAUUAAGUUAUACUGUGAUAUUCUUGUUUUAUAUAAUAUGUUUGCCCUUCAU